AUGCUCGAAAACACUAUCACUCCACUCACUUCCACGUUCGUCUCUGUCUCCAACCCCGUUUCUCCUUCAUCGCCUUCACGGAGAGGCAGGAAAAACAAUAGCGUUGCCUGUAUAAAAUGCCGUAAAGACAAGAAGAAAUGCUCGGGCGAUUCAGUCACGGGCUCACCAUGUUCGUAUUGCGUAACUCACAACGAAAUGUGCAUAUAUCCAUCCGUUGUUAGAGGAAAUGGUAAACUUCCGGCGGCCGAGCUUGAUCAGCUAAUCUUGCCACGACUGAACCAAGUAGAAUCACAACUGUCGAAUUUAUCCAAUACCAUCUCGGCAAUCUACCAAGACCAACAGAUAUGCGAACAAGACCAACAAUACAAGCAACUCUACGACGUUGUCUUUUCUCUCUUAAUCCAUCCCCUAAUUACACCGGAACAAACCCACAUUCUCCGUUGCAUCUGGUCCGCAUUUGAAAUCGAUCGCGAUCAUCAAAUCUUUACUGGUGGCAAUUACCACGCCAUAUUCUAUAAAUUACAAACUUGUUUGGCACAUGCUCAACAAGAGGAAUCGAACCCUGAAAUUUGGGACGAUCUUCAAAAGUUUUUAGACGAAAAACUGAUGAUAGACUUUGUCCUGAACUCUGAUGGAAUGGGAAAUUUACCGGCAACGUCGGCUAUAACCACAAACUUUGAAACAACCCUUGACUUUUCGCAAACACUACCCUCUUCCACUUGUACCAUUCCCGAUACCAAACCCUCUUCAUCCCCGAAACUAGACAAACCCCAACAGACUCCACCUCCACCCAUAACUACCGAAAUGAUUAUCGAGUUUGACAACCCAACCCAACCUCAACAACCGUGCACAAAAUCCAAACGAAACCGACAUGAAAAGAAAAAGUCCUCUCGAUCAGGGCCUUACCCUUCUUCUUCUUGUUCAGUGUUCCCAAGAGGAGGACACGUUGUAAUACGAAAGCUUCCAAAAACUCCUUAUGUGACAGACGUCUGGAGUAAAUAUGAUCUGCAAGAUAAUUCACCAUCGAUUUUUGCUUCAGUCAAGGAAGAAAAUAACGGCGUCUCUCCCAUUGCAACACCACCCACCGUUCCAUCAACUCCUCUACAACAUACGCCGACAGUUCCGUCUACUCCAAUCCACACAUCUCCGCUAGCAUUCUCUCCGCUAUUAUUUACGCCACCCACAGCCACUACAUCCUUCCAAAUUUACAGCCCGUUAUUGUAUUCUCCUCCUCACGUUGUAAUUGGGGAUCAAGUAAUGCUGUCACGGGAACCGAAUGAGUUUGAGUUUUGUGAGGGAAUGUAUUAA